CUCAUCGCAGCAGACAUGGCCAUCCUUGACACUGGGGUAGGAUAUUUUGACUAUAGCUUCGGUGGAACCAUGGGUGUCAGCAUGCUGGAUGCCAUCCGCUUCUCGCUAUUGACACGGCCUCUGGAAGAGUAUCGUCACGAAUCGGAUAAGGUUCCUGCGUAUCAACUGCCCUUCAUCCAGAGAUACCUCUGGCUCACGAGCAUCUCAGCAAGGGGGAUCGGGUGGUCCUUCAAGGCAAGCCACAGUAUACCUGUGGUCGAGCCGCAACACCGCACUCGCAAAGCGUUCAUUGCCUCGCGGUUGCGUCGCAUUUUCAUAUAUUACUUUCUCUUCGAGGCAGCACUCCUGUACAUUCGUCAUAAUCCUGUCUUCACAUCUACGAUUUCCCUUACUUCUCAAGGGUACCUCCUGUGUUGCGUCAACGCCCUCGUGAUGCCCUGUCGCUUCUAUGCCGGCAUGAUGUGCAUCCAUUCCACAGCAGCUAUAUUUGCAGUAGCCGCUAACAUCCACGAGCCACAGUCGUGGCCGCCCCCGUUUGGGAACUGGGGAGAUGCAUACACUAUUCGAAGGUUUUGGGGGAGGACAUGGCAUCAAAAUUUCAGAUAUACCCUUAUCAUGUUUGGCCCUAACAGAUGGAAAGAACGACCAUGGGAGGAUCAGUCGCCUUCAGGGGGAUCUUCGACCCAACAGCCAAAUCGGCGCGAUUCUUGGGCGACGUCGUACCACAGGCUCUGCAAUGCUUUCUUGUGUUCUGCUCUUAUUCACGUGUGUGGGGAUAUCGUGCUCCAAAUUCGGAUAAGAAAAAAUGUUACGACCAGCCCAAACAUAAUUGGGCUUUCUCUUCCCUUUUUCCUUCUGCAACCCGUAGGCGUGCUGAUUGAGGACGCUGCAAUCGGAAUGGGGAAACGCAUGGGCAUGAAGAUAGGAAGAUGGAGCAAAAUACUCGGAUAUACAUGGGUGUGGGUAUGGUUGUGUUGGACUUUGUUUCUCUGGGUGGAUGGUUUGAAGAACGCUAUCGAAGCUGCGUACCCUACGCUGGAACCGGGGAAGACAAGAUACUUCUGUGUGACGGUGACAGAGAGGAUUGUUAAGAAAGUUUUCGGUGUAGACCUUGCGUCUACGAUAUCGUCGUUGUUCACAGACUUGUAGAAUAUAAUGAACAUAGGCAAAUAUUGAUAC